GAAGGAAAUGUAUUGGUGGUAAAUCUCCCUAUGGCCACAUCUGCUCUAGGAAAGGAGCCAAUGUCAUCUUGCCCACCUAAUCCAACUAUUGUGGGAGCUUCUGGGACAAAACCAUUCGUUCUAAAUACUGAUGUUACUGUAGUUCAAUCUAAUGAUCAAGGAGAGACUCAAGUUGUCAAGUCAAUCACAGAGGAUGAAGAUAAGGCAAUUAAAGCAAAGUUUAAAUUGCCUAAAUUUGAUAAGUACAACGGCACCGGUUGUCCUUAUGCUCACUUAAUGACGUAUUAUAGGAAGAUGGCUCCUUAUGCUAAUGAUGAGAAGCUAAUGAGACAUUACUUUCAGGACAGUCUGACAGGUCUUGCAGAUGCUUGGUUCUCUACUUUAGACAAAAGUAAGGUCAAAAGUUGGCAUGAUUUGGCUUACAAUUUCAUGAAGCAAUAUGAAUACAAUACAUCACUAGCUCCUAAUAGAGAAGAUCUUCAAAGGACAGAGAAGAAAUUGAGUGAAAGCUUUAAGGAAUUUGCUCAAAGAUGGCGUGGAUUGGCUGCUCGAGUUCAACCGCCACUAAUUGAUCAUGAACUAAGUAAUUUAUUCAUUAAGUCAACCAAAGGGCCUUAUUGUGAGAAGUUAAUAACUUGUGUGAAUUACACUUUUGCUCAGUUGGUUGUUGUGGGAGAACAAGUGGAAGAUGGAAUCAAGUCUAGAAUCAUUAUUGAUUAUCAAGCAAUGAAGAAUAUCCUUGAACAAUACCAAAAUGGUAGUUUAGGGGUUUCAAGUUCAAGGAAAGUUGGCCAAAAUCGCAAGAAAGAAAAUGACACUGGCACCAUUAGCUCAGUUUAUGAGACUCAGCCAAGGCCACUUUAUGCCUCUGGGAUCAAUUGCCCACAACAAGAAAGAGUGAGACGACAUUUCGACAAGCUUCCUUUGUCAUAUGCUAAAGUGUUUCGACAGUUGAUAACAGCUAGGCUUAUUACCCCUAUACCUAUGGUGCCAUUAAAUCCACCAUUUCCAAUAUGGUACAACCCACAAGCAAGAUAUGAAUACCAUAGUGGAGGUGUAGGGCAUGACCUUGAAAAUUGUCUUGCUUUAAAGCACCGUAUCCAAGAUUUGAUAGAGGAAAAAGAGUUACAAAUGGCAUCAGAACCUGAGGUUGUUGGUCCAAAUAUCACCAAAAACCCUUUACCAACACAUGAUGGUCCAAUAGUUAAUAUGAUCGAGAAAGACUUUGAUAAAGGUCAUGAGGUGAUUACGUCAACAAAUAAUGAUGGUUUGAGCACUUCUUUUGAGAAGUUAAGUAUAUGCGUCAUUGAUGAAGGGAUGGAUGAUGACAAGGUUACUCUUCCUGCUCAUGGUGAAGCUUUGGACAUGGGACAGUAGAGAUUCUUCCUAUUCCUAUCAUUAAAUCGAAAGAUGUGUCAAUUUUCUUGUGGUUGAGCUUGUGACCAUGAGAGGAGAUGGUUAAAACAAGCCUUUUAUAUUUUAUGAAACAUUGUAGGAAUGACAAAUAAUGUUCCAUUUAGUUCAUUUCAAACAAUGAUGUUACUUUCAUUUUCAUUCCCUCUCUUCAUGUGCAAGAUUGUUCAUUUUCUUUUGCUUUAUUAAAUUCUCUCAUGCUAG